CCAACCCUGCUUGAGUCAAGAGACAUACCAAACAGUGACAAUAAUUACACCAAAACAUUGAAAUCUGUGCUUCAGUGGGAGACUGUGGACACGCACACACACGCACACGCAUGCACACGCACACACACGCACACACACCACGCCCCCUCAUCCAGGAACACCCUGUCAGUAGAUGCGUGUACUCAGUGCCGAAGCGCGCUACGGAGCAGCCCACACACUGUCACCGAUCGCCCGGACUAGCUGGUUCGUCUCCCCGGCCCUCGGAGCCCUCGUGCCGGCUUCCCCCUCACCGUCCUUCCGCAGAAGACUGGACAACUAUGUGAAGUCAGAAUGGUGGCGUUGGAAAUAAAGGAGAUUGGCGGUUACCCCCAUGCUCUGCUCAGCUGAUUCCACCUCCUGUGCCGAGAAGAACCGAGGGAGCGAUGGAGGUCACUGACGACCUGAACCUCUCCUUCCUGCUGGAGCACGAGCGAGACACAAUCCUGAAGGUGCUGCAGAAAGACGAGAAGCUAAGGAAACGAGAGGAGAAGAGGAUACGGAAGCUUAAGAACGAGCUGCUAGAGAUCAAACGCAAAGGUUCCCGUAGCACGCCGCGAGAGUCCGGGGAGCGUCAGUGCGGACGCUGCGUCAAAACGCUGGGCCUGAUCUUCGAUCGCGGCGAGCUCUGCGACGAGUGCCAGAUGCGGGUGUGCAACGAGUGCCGCGUCACCACAACCAAGCGGCACCAGUGGAGGUGUAACGUGUGUGCUAAGAUCUCAGAGCUGAAGGUGGUGACCGGAGAGUGGUUCCUGGAGGAGCGGUCCAAGCGCUUUGAGCACAAACUGUUGAGCAGUGACGUGGUUAAGCAAACAAUCCUCAGCAGCCCGACCGCCGCAGAGGACAGCUUGUCUCCCCAUCCUGAGUCGGGGAGGUCCGACACACCGAAAUCCAGCAGGAGCUCCAAACAUCCUGUGGAUGGACAGAGAAGAAGAGGGAGGAUGAAUUUGGACAAACUCGGCACCCAACCCCUCAGGUCAGAGAAUGGUGUCGACGGCCAUAGCGUCAAGUCCGCCUCAGAUGGAGACACCCACAGCGUGCGAAGCGUUCGCUCUGCUCCGAAUCAGCAUACAAAUAGCGGAAGCAUGGCGGCUUUCGAUUCCUACGGGAUGUCGACACCGCUCAACAACAACCAGCGUUGCCAAACUCCCGACAGAUCUUCCACUCGCAGCAGCAACCGGCGGGUCAAGCCUGACGGAGCAGAGAGCGUUUACAGCUUUCACUCCAGUAGCAGCGCGUCUGAGAGGAAAACUGCAGGGAAUAACGGGAAGAACAACGGCGCUCCUACCAUUUCCGUGUCGAGGGCUUCAGUGUCCUCAGAUCACAGCCGCUCACAAAUGGACCUGUCGGUGGCAGGUUCCGAAGCCGGCGACGACGCCUUCAGUCUCAGAAGCCGCUCUGUCCCGGGUCUCAAUGAGACAGAGUUCUCUGACCAGGAUGCGGAAGAAGACAUUGACGCCCUGAUGUCGGCUCACAGCCAGAUGGCCGGCCUCCGCCUCAACAAUGCCGUGUCGAUGCCUUCCACUCCUGCCUCAGAGAGGAGGUGGGGCUUCCUCAAUGUCCCAGACUCGGACGCUGAGACAAGCAGCAUCGGCAGCAUGAUGAGCAUGUACAGUGAGACGGGUGACUAUGGCAAUGCCCGGGUGAGUGGCGAGAUCCUGUUGAACAUCAGCUACAGCUACAAGACAGGCGCUCUCAAUGUGAUGGUCAAAGAGUGCCACAAUCUGGCAACGGGGGACGAGAGGAGGCAACGCACAGACGCUUACGUGAAGACGUACCUGCUCCCGGACAUGUCGCGACACAGCAAGAGGAAGACCAGCAUCAAGGCCAACAGCAUCAAUCCUGUCUUUAAUGAGAACUUGAGGUAUGUAAUCAGCCACUCCCAGCUGGAGACACGCACCUUGCAAGUGUCGGUGUGGCACCACGACCGAUUCGGCCACAACAACUUCCUGGGAGAGGUGGAGCUGACCUUUGACUCCUGGGAGUUUGAUUCCCAAAUAGACGAGUGGUUCGUUCUGCAGCCCAAGCUGGAGAGCAGCAUCGACGCCACCAUGCAGUACAAAGGAGAGCUAACUGUCGUGCUGAAGUACAUUCCUGCUGAGAAGAACCUCAUGCUCCCGCUGGACCAAGUACAAGUGAAGAAAGGCUUCCUGAAGGGGAAGAAGAAGAGCACCUUCACACCACCUAAAGGGGGCAUGGUCGAGCUGCUAGUCAAAGGGGCCAAAAAUGUAACUGCUGUCAAGUCUGGAGGAACAUCCGACCCUUUUGUCAAAGGAUACCUUCUCCCUGACAGCAACAAGUCCACCAAGCACAAGACAUCGGUGGAGCGUCGCACGGUCAACCCUCAGUGGAACCACACCUUCACCUACUGUGGCCUGCAGCCGGGAGACCUCAACAACGUCUGUCUGGAGCUGACCGUGUGGGACAAGGAGGCCCUAGCCAGUAACGUCUUCCUGGGAGGAGUCAGGCUAGGAGCUGGCACAGGCACAAGUUAUGGGAACGAGGUGGACUGGAUGGACUCCUACGGAGAGGAACAGCGUCUGUGGCAGCGCAUGAUAGAAAACCCAGAGGUUCCCCAGGAGUGCACGCUGAUGCUGAGGUCCACUAUGAGGAAGAUCUCCUCAUGAGCCGAGACAUCAUCUGUUCACCUUCUCCAACCAGUCAUGCCUUUAUAAACAUCUCUGAUUACUGCCAACUUGUCCCACUCCCACGAAGCACAGUUGGUGUGCCUGAAUCAUAGGAGCACGUAGCUAACUUUUGUAUCCUCUAGAACCAGGAUUGAUGGCUUUUUGGCCUUCCGUCCUUCCCUGCUCUAGCUCAUUUUUGCUGAGAAGCACAUACUGGCCCUACCAGCAUUAGCUUGCUAGCUCACGCCAGCCACGAUUGUUCAAUUCCCAUUCCCAAAAGCAACAAACUGUCAUAUCAAACUCUUACGAAGGAGUAUGAGGGCCACAUUGGAAAAAAAGCUGUCAUAUUAUGAGAAUGAAGUCGUAAAUUUACAAGAAAAAGUCUUAAUAUUACCAGAUGAAAGUUGUAGAUUUAUGAGAAAAAAGUUGCAAUAUUAUCACAAUGGAGUCAUAACAUAAGGUAAAUCAUAUUAUGAGCAUAAAGUCGUAAAAUUACAAGAAAAAAGUUGCAAUAUUAUGACAAUAAUGUACAUUUAUUAGAAAAAAAAGUCUUAAUAUUGCGAGACUAAAGUUGUAAUUUUAUGAGGAAAAAAAGUUGUAAUAUUAUGACAAUAUAGUUGUCAAUUUAUGAUAAAAAAUAUCAUAUUUUUACAGGAAUAAAGUAAUAUUAUGACAAUAACGCUGUAAAUUUAUGAGAAAAAAGUCUUAAUACUACGAGACUAAAGUUGUAAUUUUAUGAGGAAAAAAGUUGUAAUGUUAUGAUAAUACAGUUGUCAAUUUCUGAUAAAAUAUCAUAUUUUUACGGCAAUAAAGUCUUAAUAUUACGACAAUAACAUUGGAAGACAAAAAAAUCUUUGUAUUACGAGACUAAAGUUGUAAUUUUAUGACCAAAAAAAGUUGUAAUAUUAUCAUAAUACAGUUGCCAAUUUAUGAAAAAAUGUCAUAUUUUCUUACGUGAGUAAAGGCUUAAUAUUACGACAAUAACGUUGUAAAUUCACAAGAAAAAAAGUGUUAAUAUUACGAGACUAAAGUUGUAAUUUUAUGAGGAAAAAAAGUUGUAAUAUUAUGAUAAUACAGUUACCAGUUUAUGAUAAAAAUGUAAAUAAAGGGAAUAAUGGGAAUAAAGUCUGACUAUCACGACAAUAACAUUGUAAAUUCAUUGUAAAGUCUUACUAUCACAAGAAUGAAGUCGUACAUUUAUUUGGAAAAAAGUCUUAAAAUUAUGAAAAUAAAGUCGCACAUUUAUGAGAAAAAAAGGUGUAAUAUUAGAACAAAGUUGUCAAUUUGCAAGGAAAAAGUUGUAAUAUUAUGAUAAUACAGUUGUCAAUUUAUGAUAAAAAUGUCAUAAUUUUACGGGAGUAAAGUCUUAAUAUCACGACAAUAACGUUCUAAAUUUAUGAGAGAAAAAAGUCUUACUAUCACGAGAAUGAAGUCACACAUUUAUGAGAAAAAAAGUUGUACUAGUACAAGAACAAAUUUUGUCCAAUUGCAAGGAAAAAGUUGUAAUAUUACAAGAAUAAAAUCAUAAAUGUAAUAUUAAAUGAAUAUAAAAUUGUAAUAAUUUGUAUUAUACAAGAAAAAAAUGUCAUAAUAUGAUGAGAGCAAAGUCAUAACGUUACAAGAAAAAAGUUGUAAUUUUACAAGAAUAAAGUCAUACAUUUACUAGAAAUAAGGCGUAACAUUACGAGAACAAAAUUGCAAAGAAAGUCGUUAAUUUAGUAGAAAAACAGUCAUAAUAUUAUGGGAAUAAAGACGUAAAAGUCAUAAUAUCUCAUACGUGUCAGAGAGAAAAUAGAGCACAGCUCUUCAGGAAGGAAGGAAACAUUCCUUUUCCUUCAGGAAAGCUUUUUUUCAUCAAUUGAAGCCAUUUUUCUUGUAAAUUUAUGAUUUUAUUCUUGAAAUCUGUGCUCAUUUCUUUUUCAAUGUGGCCCUGCUACGUACUCCGCAGGAAACUGAAAUAGAGAAACCCAUUGUACCAAUGUUGUGAAAUGAAUCCGCUCAUGGGUUUUGACGUUGUUAGCAUGCUAACAUUAGCAUUUAGCCCCAAGCACCACCGUGCCUACACGCACAACCUCAGCCGCUAGCUAGCAUGAUUUGUAGUCUCAUCUCUAUGAAUUGCUAAAAAUGUCUUUAGUAUUUCUUUAGUCGUGCAUUUGCUUCCCACGCCUGCAGCUUGCCUAGGGAAUGUAAGAAAAAGCGGAUUGAAUCCAGCUUCAAUGUGAACAUAGUUUAACACUGUAUCAGUGUGCUAACAGUGAGUUAGCAGCAUUGUGCUGGAGGACACCAGAACAAGUGGAGCACUGAUAAUGACCUCAUGAUUUCACCAUUUCAUCCAGAAAAAUGUGUCUGUAGUUACAACACAAUGAAUGCCAACAGCGUGCGUGUGAGUGUUAAUCAACGCACUGAUAAUAAUAAUAAUAAUAAUAAUCAGAUGUGGUUUUAGAUGACAAGCUUGUGUAAUACCUGAAUACUGACUUUUGAUGUACAGCAUGUGUUUACCUCCGCGUUCGCUCUCCUCCUCUCCAACCUAUUUUAUCUCAUGCAGAAGUAUUUUCUAAUAAAAACAUUUACAACUAUUUGUUGGGUUUUCUUUGCCGUUGAAAAUAUACUUGAGCACAAGGCUGUUCAACGACUUCA